GAGCAGCGGCCCCAACGGCUUGGGGGGGACAUGCGGACCGACGGCCCCUGGAUAGGCGGAAGGAGCGGAGGCUCCAGUGCCGUGCCUUUGGUACUGAUCGUCCAGCAAGAGUGACUACUGUGAGGAAGCAGAGACCUGGUUGAUUGUCCUAGGCUGAGGCUGGUUGUGGAGCUAGAGCCCUGGAUGGCCCCUGAGCCAGCCCCAGGGAGGACGAUGGUGCCCCUUGUGCCUGUGCUCAUGGUGCUUGGUUUGGUGGCAAGCACCCAUGGUGACAGCAAACCUGUCUUUAUUAAGAUCCCUGAGGACCAGACUGGGUUGUCGGGAGGGGUAGCCUCCUUCGUGUGCCAAGCCACGGGGGAACCUAAGCCUCGCAUCACAUGGAUGAAGAAGGGGAAGAAAGUCAGCUCCCAGCGCUUUGAGGUAAUUGAGUUUGAUGACGGGGCAGGCUCAGUGCUUCGGAUUCAGCCAUUGCGGGUGCAGCGAGAUGAAGCCAUCUAUGAGUGUACGGCCACCAACAGUCUGGGGGAGAUCAACACUAGUGCCAAGCUCUCAGUGCUUGAAGAGGAACAGCUGCCUCCCGGGUUCCCUUCUAUCGACAUGGGGCCUCAGCUGAAGGUGGUAGAGAAGGCACGCACAGCCACCAUGCUGUGUGCUGCAGGUGGAAAUCCAGACCCUGAGAUUUCUUGGUUCAAGGACUUCCUCCCCGUGGACCCUGCCACAAGCAAUGGCCGCAUCAAGCAGCUGCGUUCAGGUGGUUCACCAAUCAGAGGGGCUUUGCAGAUUGAGAGCAGUGAAGAAUCAGACCAAGGCAAGUACGAGUGUGUGGCGACCAACUCUGCAGGCACACGCUACUCAGCCCCUGCGAACCUGUAUGUGCGAGGUAAGGACUGGGUGCGCCGUGUGGCUCCUCGUUUCUCCAUCCCUCCCAGCAGCCAGGAGGUGAUGCCAGGCGGCAGUGUGAAUCUGACAUGUGUGGCAGUGGGUGCACCCAUGCCCUAUGUGAAGUGGAUGAUGGGGGCUGAAGAGCUCACCAAGGAGGAUGAAAUGCCAGUUGGUCGCAACGUGCUGGAGCUCAGCAAUGUCAUGCGUUCCGCCAACUACACCUGUGUGGCCAUCUCCUCACUGGGCAUGAUUGAGGCCACAGCCCAGGUCACAGUGAAAGCUCUGCCAAAGCCUCCAAUUGAUCUUGUGGUGACAGAGACGACUGCUACCAGUGUCACCUUGACCUGGGACUCUGGGAAUGCAGAGCCUGUGUCCUACUACGGCAUCCAGUACCGGGCAGCGGGCACAGAGGGCCCUUUCCAAGAGGUGGAUGGUGUGGCCACCACCCGCUACAGCAUUGGUGGCCUUAGCCCUUUCUCAGAAUAUGCCUUCCGUGUAUUGGCAGUGAACAGCAUUGGGCGAGGGCCACCAAGUGAGGCAGUGCGGGCACGCACAGGGGAGCAGGCGCCCUCCAGCCCACCACGCCGCGUGCAGGCACGCAUGCUGAGCGCCAGCACCAUGCUGGUACAGUGGGAGCCACCUGAGGAGCCCAAUGGCCUAGUGCGAGGAUACCGCAUCUACUAUACCCCAGACUCCCGCCGCCCCCUGAGUGCCUGGCACAAGCACAACACGGACGCAGGGCUCCUUACCACUGUGGGCAGCCUGCUGCCUGGCAUCACCUACAGCCUGCGUGUACUCGCUUUUACUGCUGUGGGCGAUGGCCCUCCCAGCCCCACCAUGCAGGUCAAGACCCAGCAAGGAGUGCCUGCACAGCCCGCGGACUUCCAUGCUGAGGCCGAGUCGGACACUAGGAUCCAGCUCUCAUGGCUCCUGCCCCCACAGGAGCGGAUCACCAAGUAUGAGCUUGUGUACUGGGCAGCAGAGGAUGAAGGCGAGCAGCACAAGGUGACCUUCGACCCUGCUGCAUCCUACACUCUAGAGGACCUGAAGCCUGACACACUGUACCGCUUCCAGCUGGCUGCCUGCUCAGAUUUGGGUGUGGGCGUCUUUACCCCCACCAUUGAGGCCCGCACAGCGCAGUCCACCCCCUCCGCCCCUCCCCAGAAGGUGACAUGUGUGAGUGCGGGCUCCACCGUGGUCCGGGUAAGUUGGGUCCCGCCACCGGCCGACAGCCGCAAUGGCGUUAUCACCCAGUACUCCGUGGCCUACGAGGCAGUGGACGGCGAGGACCGUGGGCGGCAUGUGGUGGAUGGCAUCAGCCGUGAGCACUCCAGCUGGGACCUGGUGGGCCUGGAGAAGUGGACGGAGUACCGGGUGUGGGUGCGGGCACACACAGAUGUGGGCCCUGGCCCCGAGAGCAGCCCAGUGCUGGUGCGCACCGAUGAGGACGUGCCCAGUGGGCCACCACGGAAGGUGGAAGUGGAGCCACUGAACUCCACUGCUGUGCAUAUCUCCUGGAAACUGCCUGUCCCCAGCAAACAGCAUGGUCAGAUCCGUGGCUACCAGGUCACCUAUGUGCGGCUGGAGAAUGGCGAGCCCCGUGGCCCACCUGUCAUCCAGGAUGUCAUGCUGGCUGAGGCCCAGUGGCAGCCAGAGGAGUCCGAGGACUAUGAAACCACCAUCAGUGGCUUGACACCAGAGACCACCUACUCUGUUACUGUUGCCGCCUACACCACGAAGGGAGAUGGUGCUCGGAGUAAACCCAAAAUUGUUACAACGACAGGGGCAGUCCCAGGCCAGCCUACCAUGAUGAUCAGCACCACAGCCAUGAACACUGCGCUUCUCCAGUGGCACCCGCCCAAGGAGCUGCCCGGCGAGCUGCUGGGCUAUCGGCUGCAGUACUGUAGAGCCGACGAGGCACGGCCCAACAUCAUCGAUUUUGGCAAGGACAACCAACACUUCACGGUCACUGGUCUGCACAAGGGGGCCACCUACAUCUUCCGACUUGCUGCAAAGAAUCGGGCUGGCCCAGGCAAGGAGUUCGAAAAGGAGAUCACAACCCCCGAGGACCUACCCAGUGGCUUCCCCCAAAACUUGCGUGUGACAGGACUCACCACGUCUACCACGGAACUGGCCUGGGACCCGCCGGUGCUGGCAGAGAGGAAUGGGCGCAUCACCAACUACACCGUGGUAUUCCGUGACAUCAACAGCCAGCAGGAGCUGCAAGACAUUACUGCAAACACCUGCCUCACGCUUUCCAGCCUUAAGCCAGAUACCACUUACGACAUCAAGGUCCGUGCGUGGACCAGCAAAGGUGCCGGCCCACUCAGCCCCAGCAUCCAGUCCCGGACCAUGCCUGUAGAGCAAGUGUUUGCCAAGAACUUCCGGGUGGCAGCUGCAAUGAAAACAUCUGUGCUGCUUAGCUGGGAAGUUCCUGACUCCUACAAGUCACCUGUACCCUUCAAGAUUCUAUACAAUGGGCAAAGUGUGGAGGUGGACGGGCACUCUAUGCGGAAGCUGAUUGCAGAUCUGCGGCCCAACACGGAGUACUCCUUUGUGCUGAUGAACCGUGGCAGCAGCGCAGGGGGCCUGCAGCACCUCGUGUCCAUCCGCACGGCCCCUGACCUCCUGCCACACAAGCCAUUGCCUGCCUCUGCCUACAUAGAGGAUGGCCGCUUCUCCCUCUCCAUGCCCCAUGUGCAGGACCCCUCACUAGUCAGAUGGUUCUACAUCGUGGUGGUGCCCAUUGACCGUGUGGGCGGGAGCAUGCUAACGCAAAGAUGGAGCACACCUGAGGAGCUAGAGCUAGAUGAGCUCCUAGAAGCCAUCGAACAGAGCAGUACAGAGCGGCGGCGGCGGCGGCAGGCAGAGCGCCUAAAGCCGUAUGUGGCUGCUCAGGUGGACGUGCUCCCCGAGAUGUUCACCCUGGGGGACAAGAAGAUGUACCAAGGCUUCUACAACCGCCCCCUGUCUCCAGACCUGAGCUACCAGUGCUUUGUACUCGCCUCCCUAAAGGAACCUGUUGACCAGAAGCGCUAUGCCUCCAGCCCCUACUCAGAUGAGAUUGUGGUCCAGGUGAUACCAGCCCAGCAGCAGGAGGAGCCCGAGAUGCUGUGGGUGACAGGCCCUGUCCUGGCUGUCAUCCUCAUUAUCCUUAUUGUCAUCGCCAUCCUCCUGGUCAAGAGGAAAAGGACCCACUCCCCAUCAUCAAAGGAUGAGCAGUCAGUCGGACUGAAGGACUCCUUGUUGGCCCAUUCCUCUGACCCUGUAGAGAUGCGGAGGCUCAACUACCAGACCCCAGGUUCCAGUGUCCCAAGUUGCCCGAACACCUCAAGUAUGAGAGACCAUCCACCCAUACCCAUCACUGACCUGGCAGACAACAUCGAGCGCCUCAAAGCCAAUGAUGGGCUCAAGUUUUCCCAGGAGUAUGAGUCUAUUGACCCAGGACAGCAGUUCACAUGGGAGAAUUCAAACUUGGAGGUGAACAAGCCCAAGAACCGCUAUGCGAAUGUCAUUGCCUAUGAUCACUCUCGAGUCAUCCUCACCUCCAUUGAUGGUGUCCCCGGGAGUGACUACAUCAAUGCCAACUACAUCGAUGGCUACCGCAAGCAGAAUGCCUACAUCGCCACGCAGGGCCCGCUGCCUGAGACCAUGGGCGAUUUCUGGCGGAUGGUGUGGGAGCAGCGUACAGCCACUGUGGUCAUGAUGACACGGCUGGAGGAGAAGUCCCGGGUGAAGUGCGAUCAGUACUGGCCAGCCCGUGGCACUGAGACCUAUGGCCUCAUUCAGGUGACCCUGUUGGACACAGUGGAGCUGGCAACAUACACUGUGCGCACCUUUGCACUCCAUAAGAGUGGCUCCAGUGAGAAGCGCGAGCUGCGUCAGUUCCAGUUCAUGGCCUGGCCAGACCAUGGGGUUCCCGAGUACCCAACCCCUAUCUUGGCCUUCCUAAGGCGGGUCAAGGCCUGCAACCCACUAGAUGCAGGGCCCAUGGUGGUACACUGCAGCGCGGGUGUGGGCCGCACGGGCUGCUUCGUUGUCAUUGACGCCAUGCUGGAGCGUAUGAAGCAUGAGAAGACAGUUGACAUCUAUGGCCACGUGACAUGCAUGCGAUCACAGAGGAACUACAUGGUACAGACAGAGGACCAGUAUGUGUUCAUCCAUGAGGCCCUGCUGGAGGCUGCCACAUGUGGACACACAGAGGUGCCCGCCCGCAACCUGUACGCCCACAUCCAGAAGCUGGGCCAGGUGCCUCCAGGGGAGAGUGUGACUGCCAUGGAGCUUGAAUUUAAGUUGCUGGCUAGCUCUAAAGCCCACACAUCCCGCUUCAUCAGUGCCAACCUACCCUGCAACAAAUUCAAGAACCGUUUGGUGAACAUCAUGCCCUAUGAGUUGACCCGUGUGUGUCUGCAGCCCAUCCGUGGUGUGGAGGGCUCUGACUACAUCAAUGCCAGCUUCCUGGAUGGCUAUAGACAGCAAAAGGCCUACAUAGCUACACAGGGGCCUCUGGCAGAGAGCACCGAGGACUUCUGGCGCAUGCUAUGGGAGCACAAUUCCACCAUCAUCGUCAUGCUGACCAAGCUUCGGGAGAUGGGCAGGGAGAAAUGCCACCAGUACUGGCCAGCAGAGCGCUCUGCUCGCUACCAGUACUUUGUUGUUGACCCGAUGGCUGAGUACAACAUGCCUCAGUAUAUUCUACGUGAGUUCAAGGUCACAGAUGCCCGGGAUGGGCAGUCAAGAACGAUCCGGCAGUUCCAGUUCACAGAUUGGCCAGAGCAGGGCGUGCCCAAGACAGGCGAGGGCUUCAUCGAUUUCAUUGGGCAGGUGCACAAAACCAAGGAGCAGUUUGGGCAGGAUGGGCCCAUCACUGUGCACUGCAGUGCUGGUGUGGGCCGCACCGGAGUGUUCAUCACUCUGAGCAUCGUCCUAGAGCGCAUGCGCUAUGAGGGUGUGGUCGACAUGUUCCAGACCGUGAAGACGCUGCGCACACAACGUCCUGCCAUGGUGCAGACAGAGGACCAGUACCAGCUGUGCUACCGUGCAGCCCUGGAGUACCUCGGCAGCUUUGACCACUAUGCAACGUAACUACCGCUCCUCUCUCCUCCGGAGCCCCCAGGGGGCUCUGGAGGGGACACAGCUCCUCUGAGCCAUACCAACCAUCGUCCGGCCCUCCUGCACAGAUGCUGUUGCUGGCAGAGCACAGCCCAGUGGGAUCACAGCGGUUCAAGAACAUUGCCACACCAGUCAGAGAGCCUAGAACACCCCUGGGCAAGUGGGUGAAGCGGCAGGCAGGCACUGUGGCCCUUCUGUCCAUCAGGCCCACCUGAAGCCCGCUUCUAACUCUCUGGCCCGCUGCCGUAUUUCUCAUGCUUCUUCUCGUGGGGUGGGGGUGGAGGCAAAGCCUCCUUUUUUAUACAUUAAGUGGGGUAGGCUGAGGGAUUCUAGCCUCUUCCCUCUGAUUUUUCCUUUUGCAAAUCCUUAAUUGCAGAAUGGCCACUGUGGGGGUUGGGGUUUAUUUUGUUUUCUUUUUUGAGUUCAUUUUGGAUCCUUUUUUUGUAUGACUUUUACUUCUGAAGGACAGAACAUGCCUUCCUCAUGCAGCGCUGGGGCUGCCAGCCUGAGUGGAGGCCCAGUGUGGGCCUGGAGGUGGUGCUGAUCCGGCUGCUCUUCCAGCCCUUCAGAGAUAUUGUUUCAGCCAAAUGCAGGGAAACUCAAUUUUUAUUUUAUUUUUUUUAAGUUUUAUUUUUCCCUUAAGAGCCUUUUUUUAGGUCCUGCAGACAGUAGUGGGCGGGGAGGAGAUAGGGAACACUCAUCCCCAGUUGUCUAUCCCAAUGUGUGUCUAACAUUCACAGUCCAGAACCACAGGCGUGUCUGGGGGAGCCUGGCAAGGCAUUCCUCAUCUCCAUCGUGUUUGCAAAGGUUUAAAAAAAUACACACACAUAAAAAAAUUAAAAAAAAAAAAAAGAGAGAGAGUCAUCCUCAGCCUCUGCUUUAAACCCCCAAGAGGAGGGGUUAGCUGAAGGCUGACCUCUGGGCUCACAGAGCCUUGUCUUUGUCGUAAGUAUUGCAGUAUGGUGUGGUUGUAGGCUGUGGGGUCAGGCCAUGUGGUCAUGGUGGAUGGCACAGGUCAGGGUGUAUGCCGUGCCCCACACACAUCAGGGCCAAGCAGGGGCGUGGUUGGCCUUUCAGGUCCAGGCCAGUGGGCCUGGUAGCACAUGUCUGUCCUCAGAGCAGAGGCCAGAUGAUUUCCCUCCCUGGUUUGCAGCCAUUUUCAAAGCCCCUGAGAAUUGCUCUUUACUCUAAGAUGCCCUCAUCAACCAAUGUGGCAAGACUACUGGACUUCUAUCCAUGGUACUAUAAUCAGUUCUAUUAUCUCAGCUUGCUGAGGGGCAGGGAGAGGGUCUCUUCCUCUGGGUAGCACUAUCUAGAUAGGUAAGUAGGGGCGGGGAAGGGUGCAUAGCUGUUAUAGCUGAGGGAUGUGAUGGAAACAUCCCCAAAUCUAGCUAGGCUCAGUCAAGAUCAACAAUCCAGGGUUGGUAAUGUUGGAUGAUGAAAACAUUCAUUUUUACCUUGUGGAUGCUAGUGCUGUAGAGUUCACUGUUGUAUACAGUCUGUUUUCUAUUUGUUAAGAAAAACUACAGCAUCAUUACAUAAUUCUCGAUGGUAAUAAAUUUGAAUAAUCAAAUUUCUUA